AUGGAUCUGGAGCUCAAUCCCAUGGGACAUCUGUGGAGAAGAACAGUGUGGAAAAAUUAUUUCACCGAGGUGGAGGGGGCUGUCAACCUCCUGGUCAACACGCAUCUGCAGGCCUCCUACACCUACCUCUCUCUGGGCUUCUAUUUUGACCAUGACAAUGGGAAUCUGGAGGGCAUGGGUCACUUACUUCCACGUGUUGGCAAGGGUGCAAGGGUGUGGAGUGUCCCCGGAAGUUGCAAAGUCAACCAGGCAGCCACACCCUCUUCCGGGACCAGGACCAGGCAGAAGCUGUUCCAGGAUGAGCCACAGACACCGCCCCAGACAGACACUGCCCCGGUUCUGGUGAAGAACCUGAACCGGGCCCGUUUGGCUCUAUGUGCCCUGGGUUCUGCCUGCGCGGGCCCCCAUCUCUGUGACUUCCUGGAGGACCAGGAUGAGAAGGGGAUCAAGAAGACGGGUGACCACCUGACUCACCCCUGCAGGCGGGAUGGCCCCCAGGCUGGGCUGGGCGAGUAUUUCUUCUAA